CAGCUUUUCAAAAUUCCCAAAAAGAGGCAGUGUGGAGAAAACAGCCAGCCCGGGCUGAACUGAGCGCAGCUCCCCGACACUGGAUCACUUUAACGGGGAAACGCACUGAACCCGCCCGCCUCAAGCCGUCGCCACCGCUUUUCUGAUUCCUCCCGGUUCCGUUAUCUUAAUCCGGCCGGUUUGGAGCGGAGCGGCGCCGCAGUCGCAACUUUCAGCAGCAGCAGGAGGAGGAGGUGGACCCAGCGGCGGCGGCGGAGGAGCAGAGCUCGGGGGGAGCCGCGCACCGAGAGCCGGGCGGGCUGAUGGAUGGAGAGGGAGAUCAGUAUGAGGAGCGCUUAAGGGAAGUGUUCCAGAGCUUUGAUGGGAAUGGUGCUGGUUCUCUAAACCCAGAGGAGCUCGCUGAACUCUGCCACGCCCUGCAGCUGAACGACACGGCAAUACACACACUUCUACACACACUGCUCGACACUCAGGACCAACUCACUGCACGGGUUGAAUUUGAGCAAUUUAAGAACGCUUUGAUUCUGGUGCUAUCGUCCACAGAAGAGACGCUGACUAAUGAGGAGAGCCCUGCACGCCCAGACUCUCCGGAGGUGCAGCCGCGCUUUGUAAAGGGCAAUAAGCGAUAUGGCCGUCGGUCCACACCAGAGUUUACACAUGCCAUUUCAGAACCUCCUGAGGAGGAACUGGAGGAAGAGGCUACAGAGAUCAGUGAUGGGACAAUAUCGAUCAAGCGUGAGCGCUGGAACGCUGACUUGAGUAGUCCAGAGGAGUAUGAAGCAGAGGGUCAGUUGCAUCUGUGGAAUCCUGAUGAACCCAGUACACCGCGUGGCAGCAUGGCGCCCCUCAGUGACCUGGAGGAGAGAUUGCACAGUGCUUGCCAGCAGCUCUCUCUGCCGCUGAAUGGCAUGGCUACUCCACAACAACUGCACACACUGUGCCAGCAUCUUGGCAUGGAGGUUGGAGAAGAUGCGUUUCAGUCUGUGGAUGAGGAGUGUAUGAUGAGUGUACAGGAGUUUGUUUCCUGCGUCCUUAACAGAAACAAACCUCCUACUCCCUCUGCCUCAACACCCUACAGACAACUUAAGAGACACCACUCUAUGCAGCCGUUUGAUGAGACAGGCCGCAGGAUCUCGUCUUUGUUGAGCGGUACAAUAGGACUGCGGCUGUUCUCUGGAUUAGAUGAUGGAACAGGACACACAGCUGUAGAUCAGCUGCUGGACACCUGGCUAGAAGAGGGAGUGGAGAACUGCACAGAGAUCCUACAGGCUCUGGAUUUCAGCCUUGAUGGAAAGGUGAAUCUGAGUGAGCUGACAGCAGCUCUGGAGAAUGAGCUGUUGAUCACCAAGAACUCCAUCCACCAGGCGGCACUGGUGAGCUUUAAGGCGGAGAUCAGACACCUGCUUGAGCGUGUGGACCUGGAGCUCAGGGAAAAGGAGAAAAUCCGCUCUGAUCUGGAGAAAGCAGAAAAGCUCAAAUCUCAGUUGGCCUCUGAUGUGGAUGAACAUCACUCUGCCAUUGAACGCAUUAAUGAUCUGAACCUGCGGAAAUUAGAGCAGGAAUAUAAGGACAGAAUGGCUACUCUGAGGGUGGAGCUGAGCAAAGAGGUGGAGCUUGUGAGACUACAAGCCAAUCAGCAGAGUGAAGAACUGGAACAGGAAAUUAGGAGGAUCAGAGAUGAUGAGUCCUUUCUCAGAGAACACCUUACUCUGACUAUUAAGGAGAAUGGCCGCUUGGAAUCAGAGCUGCUGGACAGCACAGAGCGGCUGAUUGAAGCAGAUGCACAGCUGACUAAAUUGCAGAAAAACCUGGACAGUGUGCUCAAAGAGAAGUUUGGAGAUUUGGAUCUGAGCAAUGCAGAAUUUUACCAGCAGGAGGAGCGUCUGAGGCAGCUUCGCAGCAGUUAUGAGGAGCAGUGCCGGGAGCUACAAGAUCGUAUAGAUGAGUUACAGGCACAGUUAGAGGACUGCCGAGCUAUGGGACGGACUCCGCAGCUCUCUCUCAUGCCCUCUCUGUCUGAUGAGUUGGAUAGCAGAAGUCCUGGCAGGGAGUCUGACCAAGGCCUAGGUUCAGAAGAUGGACAGGCCAUUAACAUAAAUCUGGAAACUGAGAUGAUGCUUGAGCAGCUAAAGGAGGAGCACAACAGAGAGUUGAAGAACAUCAGAGCACAGCUAGACACCACGAUGAACGAGUGCCAGCAUGAACUGGAGGAACAGAAAACUGCCCUAGAGAACGAGAGGAGUCUGCUCUCCACACAGCACCAGCAAGAGAUACAGGCCUUGCAGGAAGAGGCAGCUGAAGCACUGGAGAAAGCCCGGGGUCUGCAGGAGCAGCUGGAUCAAGAACGGCUCAGCAUGGAGCUUCGUCAGAGCGAAGAACUUGCUGACUUGCGUACCCUCCAUCAACAGGAGCUGGACUCCCUCAACCAGGAGGCGCAGGACACAAAGAGCCGUGCAUUACAGCUCGAGGAGCAGCUCAGGGAUCUGGAGGAGUGUGGCGUGAGUGAGAGAGAGGAGCUGAAUAGGGCUCAUGCAGAGGAGCUCAGACUGUUAGAACUGCAGCAUAAGGAUGCUCUAGAGGCCAGAAUACAGGAGGAGAGGGACAGACUGCUGUUAGAAAAGGAAAACGCAGAGAAGAGGCUUGCAGAGGAGUGGGACAAGGAGAAACAGCAGCUUGAGGAGAUCCACAAUGAGGUGCUAAAGGUCCGGCUAGAGGAGGUGCAGCAAAUGGCUGAGCAGGAGCGAGUGGAGUUGGAGAGAAGACUAUGGGAAGAUUGGGAGAAGGAGAAGCUGCAGAUUGAGGAAAGCAAUAAAACAGCACUGCAAGCAGUACUGGAGGAGGAGCUGGUGCGUUUGCUGAAAGAUCAAGAGGACCGAGAAAGGGAGCUCGCUGAGCGCUGGGAGGAGGAACACACCCUUCUGCAGCAGCAGGUCCAACAGGAAGUUGAGCGAGUGCGGGCCGAUGAGGAGAAGGCGCAGGGCAGGAGGCUCGAGGAGCAACAGAGGGAGAUGGCUCUGCUACAGUUGCAGCAUGAAGAAAUGCUCCAAGCCAGACUGGAAGAGCAGCGAGAGCAGCUGCAGACUGAAAGAGAGAAGCAGGAAAGGAGGUGGCAGGAAGUGCUAGAGGAGGAGCAGAGCAGAAUGGAGGAGGCGCACAGGGAGGCCAUGCAGGAGCUGAGUGCCAAACACUGUGAGGAGAGGGAGAGGCUCAGCUGCAUGCUGGAGAAACUUCGCACAGACAUUGGAGAAGAGAGGAAGGAGUUAGAGACCCACUUCUCCCAGAGAAUCAAAGAAGUAGAGGCACGUUUCUCUGGUGACCAAGAAGCGGUGUCUGAGCGUUUUCAGACAGACGUACGAAAGCUGGAGCAGCACUACCAGAGCGAGCUUUCUGUGCUCACCCAGCGGCACGCCGCAGAGCGUGCACAGUGGGAAGAGGAGCUGGAAGCUGCAGUUCAGGAAGCAGAGCAGCAAAGGAAACUCCUACGAGAAGCUCUACAGCUAGAAAGAGAGAAUAUGGUCCAGGAGUUUGCAAAGGAACGAGAGACGCUGGAAAACAGCCAUGCUGCAGAGAUGGAGGCUCUAAGGGAAAAGAACCUAGAGCUGCAGAAUCAACUGGAGAACUUUAUUAGCUCCGCUCAAAUGAAGGAGAUCGAGCUCAGCCGUCAGCUAAAUGAGCUCCACAACCGGCUGCAGGAGAACCUGGAGACAAAGGAUGCAUUGCUAAGUCAUGCUGAAUGCAGGGCUGAGGAACUAGAGCAGCUGCUCAGACAGGCUACUGAGGACUUUGCACAGGAGAGGGCAGAGCUACAGUGCAACCUGUUGGAGUUGGAGGCCCAGCAAACUGAGACACAUUCGUUAGCUGAGAAACAGAUUCAGGAGCGAAGUGAUUUGCUUGCAGAGCGAGAGGAGUUGAAGGGAAAGUUGGAGGAGUUGGAGAAGGUCCUUCGCCAGGCGGUGGAAGACUUUCACUAUGAGCGACUGGAGCUGCAGGGCACUGUAGCUGAGCUGGAAGAGAAACUGAAAGAGAGCGUGUCAUUAAUACUGGAGAAGGAGGAGCAGAGAGUAGCACUGUUGACCGAGAGGGACAGCUUAGAACUGAAAGUUCAGGAGAUGGAGGCAGAACUUGCAGAAGCUACCAGAGCAAUGGCUGUGGACAGGCAAGUGUUUCAGGAGCUAGGCAUAGGGAUGGAGUUUCUUGCUUCAUCUGCAGAGAAUUUCAUUGCUGUCAGAGAUGCAUGUGAGGAUGAGACCGCAGAUCACCAAUCAGAGGACUUUAGUGUUCUAGGAGCGGAUUCACCAUCUGUACAAGAUGAGGAUCUUGAGGGAGAGUUAACUUUGCAGAAGGAAAAUGCAGGAGACUUUGCAGGAGAAGACGCACAGACUGUUAAUGCUGAGAUGCUGAAAAUAAGUGGUGCUCGGGUUCUAAGCUGUGAUGAGAGUGAUUGUAGAGAUAGCAGUGAGAAAGUAGAAAAGGAGGAGGAUGGCUUUUAUGAGCCAGGUGGUACUUAUACCUUGGGAAGAGCAGAGAGCACAGACAAACUUUCUGUUGGCAAUUUGGAUAAUGAUUAUCAUGAGUGUGUGGUCUCCUGGGAUAGCAUUAGAUCUGUAGAUGUUUCUGAGGAGAUGGUUGACUUGACCAUUCCCAAUCUCGCAGCUGAGGAUGGGGAAGGUUUUGAGGCUGGAGAACCUGUAGAAGAAUUCCCAAGUGUUGAGAUGGAGGUUGCAAGACUUUGCACCUUAUCUGAAGAUGACAAGGUAGAGAUUCCAAGCAACCUCAUAGAUGAAGUGGAGGAGGAAAAAGGUGUAGACAAAGACAGUAAUGCAGUUAUUUGCAAUAGAACAGUGGUGCCAGGUGCUGAAUGUGGCGUCACGAACAGGAACGUAGGGGAUAACUCUGCGAAUGAUGACAAUGCGGAGAACAUCCCUGAGGUCAAUAGCAUUAGCAUUGGUGAGAUUCUACCUGAGGAAGGGUUGAUUGAGACUGUCGAGAUGGCUUGCACAAGUGAAAAGGAAGAAGUGGAUAAGAUGGCUGAAGAGAAUCCUUUGGACAGUGAUAUUGCCAUUGCUGCAGCAAGCCUAGAUGAAGAUAAUGUAUCCCCAUCUUCAUUUGUGAUCUCUUCUGAGCUAAGUGAAGAUGUCUUGAGUGAAAGGCAGAAUAAAGACUACUUGGAGCCCAUGUUGGAGAAUGCAGAAGUAUUGAGGAUAGUUGAGGAGUGUUCUGAAAUCACUGGUACCCUAGACCUUGAAAAGGAUUCUGAUGAUUCAACCCAGUUGAACACAGCUGAGGAGGAUCAAGGUAAAGAAAAUGAAGCACAAGAGAGUGCAGAGGUUAUUAGCGAUUCUAUGGCAAUGGAUAACGAGCCAAACAAUGUUGAGGUUGCAGACCAAUAUGAUUCCACCACUGCUGAAGAUGAAGCCUCUUGCCACAAGGAGCCCAUACAGGAUCCCAAAGCUAUCGAUCAGGCAGAUAUUCCCAAUGAUCUUGAAUGUCCAGAACUGACUGUAGCUCUUGAGAAUGAAUCCAUGGUAAAAGAAACCAACCAGCAAGAAACUCAUGAGGACCAAAGCAUCUGUGCCAGAGAGAUCCUGGAGUUGCAGGAAAUAGCAGUGCAGUUCAAAGACCAGAGCAGCCUUCUGGAGGUUCUCCAGGACCAGUACAGCAGUGCUGUAGAGCAGAAUCUCUCUCUGCAAGAGCAGCUAAGCCUGCUACAACAGCACACCAAUGAGCUGGAACUGCUGCUGGACCUAAACAGAGGGAAGCUGCAGGAGAGCCAUGAGCUCAGGGUAGAGUUAAUCGCUUUGGCAGCCCAAGCUAAAGAACUGGAGAUCAAAGAGCUGGAGCUCACUGAUCUUCAAAAGAGCUAUGAGGAGUGUGUUUGCGAGAAUUUGCAGUUAGUAGAUCGCAACAGGAAACUGGAGAAAAGGGUGCAGAACCUGGAAAGCAGGAUGAACAUUGUUCAGGAGUUUCAGGAGCAACAGACGUGCUUGCUAGAAGAGAUCGCUCGGGUGCGUGAGGAGAAUGCCAAGUUAAGCAUGGCCGUGCAGGAACUGGAAAAGCAGGACGAGAUGAUGCUGGCUCUGCAGCAGGAUGCCGAAUCUUCCGACUCCUCAGACGACUCCUCUCUCGACUUAGGCUCCCAACUGGAGGCGAAGAUUGCUGCGGUGUCGGAGCUAGAAGACUGCUGCACAGAGUUUGAAAAGCAGAACUCGAGGCUACGCCAUGCACUUGCCAACCUUCAGGAGAAGUCCCUCAGGAUACAUGACAGAAUGCAGGAACAUAGGAGUGAAGCUGGUCGACUGGCAGAAGAAAACCUCGUUCUAAGGCAGAAGAUCUCUGCACUUAAGGAAGAGGACCUGAGGGAGAACCAGCAUGAGCUGCUACUUCAAGUUGAGCACUUCAGAAAGGAGAGGAGUUCUGCGCAGAAGGUGGUGGAUGGAUUAAAGAGACAGAUUUCAGAACUGCGUCGUCGUGGACAGCAACUGGAAGAGGAAAAUGAUGCUUUGUCGCAGCAGAAUGUGAAACAUGCACUCAGUGUUGACACCCUUCAGCACACUCUUGAGGAAAUGAUACGCCAUUCGCAUGGCAAUGGAUCAUCCAAUGAGGGCAGAGAGUUGGAGAAUGUUGAGGAUUUUGUGGCUCCUGUUAUCAGAACAGAAAAGCUGGAAGAGGAGAAGGAGCUUCUGAAAGCAGAACUCAACCGCUGUGUGGAAAAGAUGACUCGCUAUCGAUCAUUAGAAACCCAGUUUGCUCAGCUCUUGAACGAGAGACAGACAUCAGACAAGCACAACCAGGCUCUUCGCACACAGCUGAUAAAGGCACAGGAGAAGGUCCAGGCUGUGGACUCCACAGUGCAGGGGCUGACCCAGCAAAAUGCCCGACUCAAAUCUGACCUGCGCAUCACGCUGCAGGAGCGAGACGCUCUCAAACAGGAAGUGAUCUCACUGCACAAACAGCUGCAGAAUUCGAACGAGAAGUGUCGGCUAGUGGAGAUGUCCAUAUCUGGGAUCUCUGGUGGUUCGCAGCAGGGGAAGCGUGUAUGGACUGAGCUCUCUGGACUAAUGGAGGCGGAGCUUACUUUACUGCGUGAAGAAAAUCAGCGGCUCCAGUGUGAGAUCAGCGAUUCUCGUCUAGAGCUCAACUCUGCACGAGAGAAGGCUCGUCAGCUGGAGAUGUUGGUGUUGAGCAUCAAACAGCAGAAGCAGCAGACCCAGGCGAGUCUGGCUAAAGCAGCAGAGCAGGAGAGAUCAGCUUUCAAACGAGAGAUGGAGGCACUGCACACCCAGCUACACAACAAGAUAUGUGACAGCAGUGAGGAGCAGAGGGUCAUGGAGAGUCUUCAGGAGGAGAAUGAAAGAUUGAAAAACAAACAGACAAUACUGGAAGCCCAGCUGAUGGAGGCUCAACUUAUUGCGAUGUUGCCUCCAUCUCCCCUACGGUUGCCUGGGGAACGGAGAGGGCAGCGCCUUGGUGACGAUAUGAUCCCAGAUGUCAGUGUGCAGGAGGAGCGGGAGCUGGCACUGCUGAAGAUGGAGGAGAGGAUGAAGGAGGUGGAGCUUACACUCCGAAAUGUCAAGCUGUUGCUGCAGGAGAAGGUUUCUCAACUCAAAGAACAGCUUAAUAAGAACAGUAAGGCGGACGUGCUGAUUAAGGAUCUGUAUGUGGAGAACGCUCAGCUGUUGAAGGCUCUGGAAAUGAGUGAGCAGAGACACAAAGUGACAGAGAAGAAGAACUACCUCCUGGAAGAAAAAAUCUCCAGUCUCAACAAGAUUGUGCGUGAGCUCAGUCCCUCACCCCUGACUCCUGUGCCCUACCACUUCACUCGCUCCUGAUAAUCCAGUCUACACUACGUUUGUUUGUGUUAUAUUAUUUACUUAUGUUUAUUUUAAUUUAUUUUAUUGAAUAGGCCAUUAAGACAUCAUUUUUGGUUCAUUAUUAUUGCAAACCAAUAGAAAACACUGAUUACAAUUGUUAGCUAAUAAUAAACAUUAAAAUUUCAUUAGACUGCAACAAAAUUCAGGGAGUCAAAUUCAGGCUAAUUUUUUCCCUUGGUGUGAUUUGGUUUGAAGUAAGAAUAUGAUCUGACUUCUAUUCAACCAAACUAUCGGAUGUGCUCUGCAAGUCUGGGCUAAACACAUUUUUAAAAUGGUUUAUUGCGCUAGUCCAGAUAACAGGGUCCUUUCCCUGUAUUGACUUUUUCUUGCUCCCUCCCUACAGAUGUGUGACCAAUAUGCAUAGAGAACAUUACUGCACUUGGAGUUUCCCUGUGUGAAAACAAACCAAACCAAGGGGAAAACUUACAAACUAUUUAACUAAUUCAGACCAGAGCAAAGUAACUAGAGGUGUGAAAACACCCUUAGACUACUGUGGUGUUCUUCACACGCACAGUUAAAUGUUUGCUGUUUCCUCAAGUUCAGUAUGACUCUUGAUGGACCUUAGGCAUUGUUUGAGCUCUGGGCAUUCAGCCAAAAUACCAUCAGUAUGUGAAGAAAUGAAACUGUUAAACAAUUAUGAAUGACUACAUCUUUCCCAACACCUGUGUAUUUGCACUGUGACUCAGCCUUUCUCAGUAUUUCUUAGAGAUUACAACCAUCUCAUGUCCAGCUAUAUUUCCCAGUUUUGUGUUUAAUAUGUUCAGUACUGAAUUAGCUUGAAUUCAUUUAUUUAAUUAUGACCUUUAUUUUGAUAGAAUAUGAAGGGACACAUGGCUCAGGCUGACUUUGGGUUGCAGUCUGAAACAUCCUGAUGUUAAAGUGCACUUUAUUCUGUACAGAAUCAGUGUUCAUUUUGAUUGUCUCAAACCAACAGACUUCUGUGUUUGAAGCCUGUCUGUCUGCUUGGGCUUAAACUGAAGGCACUAAGUGAAGCACAACUUGUAUUAAAAUGAGAUUGUCUUUUAAAUGUUCUGUUUUUAGCACUGUAUAGAUCACUGUGAAUGUGUUUUAAAGAAGCAUUACUUUAGGGGCCAGUGUACACAGCCUUGAAUAAAUAAGCCUGCAGUGCCAGUGGUGAGUCACCAUUGGGAAUUUUUGUUGGUCUUUGAUGAGGCCUAAUGUAGGUCUGAGGAAACUGACCUGAAGACAUUUUGUUAUGUUAAUAACUUGUAUUAUUCUUUUUCUUCAAAUGGCCAUGUAUCUUAAGAAACAGGAGCAUGUUUAAAACGUACAUCACCAGCAUGUAAAGGGAAGCCAGUUCGGCUAAAGGAAACUACCUAGUAAUGUAAUGAAUGGAAGGCAUCCAGUAAUGGUGCUUGAUGCAGGAAGUGUAACUGUUCUACAGUGUUUAAUGUUUUCUGAACAGAGCCAAAGAGACUUUUCCCUGUUGCCACUGGCCAUCAAAAGCUGCUUUUGUCUAUCAAGUGAACUGACAUUGUAUUGGCCAAUCAGUGUUUGUGUGAAACGGUGAGAUGCAGUAAACAGUUUUAGAGAA